AUGUCGACUCCCACUUCCACUCCCACUCCUCCACUACCGUCCGAACCAUCGUACACAGCCAUGAAGGUAGACCCAGAGCGAGACCAAGACGUCGAAGCGAUCGGCGCACACUGCGAGUUCCCCUACUGCCACCAGCUGGAUUUCCUACCGUUCCGAUGCGACUCGUGCCACCACACGUACUGCCUCGACCACCGAAGCGAAACGGCACACAAAUGCCCACGGGCCGGCGAGUGGGCGAGAAACAGACGGCGGAAUAGCGUGGGAAGACCGUCUUCGACGUCUACCACCACCACGUCUGACACCAGUGGUGGUCGCCCCACGCACGCCAACACCGCGCAGUGCAGCAACCCGAGCUGCAAGACGUUUGUGCACACGCUCCAGAACCCCGGCGUGCACUGCCCACAGUGCAAUCGGACGUAUUGCCUGAAACACCGCAUGCGCGAGGACCACGAUUGCGCCAAGCUCGUGCCACUAGGUGCCAGGCCGCUCGACAUCGCGCUGCAGAGCAACAAGGAGAAACUACGCCUCGGGUUCGGCAGGCUGAAGGCCUGGGGCAACAAGGUGCAGCAGGAAACCACGCUGGUGGCGAAGCCCAAGCCGUCCAGUCGCGCCGCGCAGGUCGCCGCGCUGAACGCGCUGAAGAAGAGCGCAAAGGGCGACGACAAGCUCGACCCGGCCAAGCGCGUCUAUUUGCACGUCGAGGCCGAGGCCGCCACCACCACCAGCAGAUUCCCCAAGGCCGAUCUGUUCUUCUCCCAGGACUGGAGUGUCGGCCGCCUGCUCGACGACGCCGCCCGGCGCCUACAAGUCGCCAAUGUGAACAAUCGCGUCGAGGACGAAGAUCAGCGCCUGCGCGUCUAUCACGUCGAAGGGGGUCGCCUGUUGGAGUUUUCCGAAAAGGUCGGCAAGGCCUUGAUCAGUGGAAAUACCGUCGUCCUUCUGAGAGGCGUUGGGCCUAAAGAGCCGUCAUGA